AUGCCUCAAAGGACCUUGAUCCCUAUCCCCCCCAAGAGCGGCAGCACGCAGAGUCCCCUCCUACACGAGCACAGCCCAAGCCCGCACAAGCCCAGCAAGCGGCUAUUACAAUCUUCUGCGCCGCCGCAUUGCAACGACACGCAGGAACCCAAAUCGCAGGCAAAGUUGGUCGGGCAGUCGCUGUUGGCCGAGCAAGCGCGGCACGCGCCGUUCUUACAGACUUGUCCCGCCGCGCACUGCGUGGAAGCCGUGCAGGCGCCACACGUCCCGCCCGUCAAGCACGCCUGCCCGGCAUCGCACUGGCUGGUCGCGGUGCACGACGUGCAGACGAGGCCGGCGCACACCUUGCCGCCCGAGCAAGACGCGUUCGAGGUGCACCCUGCGAUGCAGACGCCGGCGUUGCAGACGUUGCCCGUGCCGCACUGGUCGUUGGUCGUACAGGAGCCGCAUAGUCCGGUGCUGCUGUUGCAGACCUGCCCCGUGGCGCAUUGCGAGUUGGCCGUGCACGACGUACAGACACCCGUGGACGGCGAGCAGACUUGGCCGUUGGUGCAGGAUGUGGACGUGCAGGCCGUGAUGCAUGAUCCGCCCUGGCAGACCUGUCCUGGGGAACACUGCGUCGAAGCUGUGCAGGACCCGCACGCUCCACUGGUGCAGACCUUGCCGGUGGGACAGUCCGUGUUCACUGAACAGGCAGAGCAGACGCUGUUCUUGCAGACGAGGCCGUUGGUGCAAGACGUCGAGGUACAGGCGUUGAUGCAUGUUCCUCCGCUGCAGACCUGGCCGCUUCCGCACUGCGUCGACAAGGCACAUGGGGUGCAGAUCCCCGCCACACAGGCCUGGCCGUUUGUGCAGGCCGAGUUGGACGUGCAAGCAGCGAUGCAGAGGUUGUUGGAGCAGACUUGA